UACUGACUAACUCUGGCCUCUUUUCCCUACACAAGCAUUUUUCAUCUCUAACUUUUACUACUUUUGGUGAGCUCGGGGCCGUGCGCUCGUAGGGCCAGAGGAAAUCCUGUGCUAAUUCAGCAAACUGCAAAGUCUACGGCUGCAAAAACAACAAGAUCUACAAGUUUUACCCACCAGAUCUACGUUUUGGGAAGCAACAAUACUUACAAAGGAGAUACUUGCACUGGCAAAAUGAUGGAAGAAGUGAAGGAGGGGUCUGUCCUGAGUGUCCACGCUGACGGUAUCAAAGUGAGCGAGGUGGUGAAAGAGGGAGACAACCUCACAUUCAUAAUCAUAUCACAGAAGCUCUCUGGGACAGGGGAGUACCAUGUCGCUCGCACAUAUGACGACUUCGACUGGCUCCAGCAGCACCUGUUCUGUCAGGAGGACGUGCCCGGGAUACAGGGAGUCAUAUUCCCUCCUCUUCCAGCCAAAGCUCAGGUGAAUGGUUCAGCUAAAGUCCUCAAACAGCUUGGGAUUCUGGCUUUGGGAGACUGGAAACCCUACGGUGCUGCACUGGAACGCUUUCUCCAGCAGGUGGCGUCUCACAGCGUCCUGAGCAAAAACAAGGCAGUGGAGGAUUUCCUCACCAGCACAGAGCCUCCGGGUCGACAGAAGACCAAGAAGAACAUAUUUAACCGUCUGAGCCAAGCUGUGGAGGAGAUGAGGAAAGAGGGACACAAAGAUGUGGAGGAGUUUUUCCAAAACGAGCGAGACUUGAACCACACUUUGACCAACUCCACCAAACUUGUAGCAGAGAAAUUCCUUGAUGUGGUGCAAACGGAACAAAAAAUCUCUGUAGCCUGUGGACACUUCUCGGCGGCGCUGCAGAUGUGUGUGGAGUCAGAAGAAGACCCGGAUAAACAAGCUUUCUCCAGGGUUUGUAAAAAUCUGUCUGAAGUCUUCAGCUCUAUGGGGAAGCACAUGGGGAGUGUGGCAGAAAACAACAUGAACACUUUGGGUCUGGGGUUGGACCUGGAGUCUCGAUACCAAGAAGCUGAAAAGGAAAUGCUCUUCCGUAGAACGUGCAAACUGGUGGAGUUAGAAACGGCCAAAAGGAACGCAGAGAAGGCCAAGCCCGUGAAGAAACCUGUGAUGGAGGAGGUGAAGAAAACUACAGAGGGAGAGUUUAAUCAGAUCAGUGUGAUGGCUAAACAGGAGAUUAAACACUUCAAACAGGCCCGUGUGCAGAUGCUGCAGCAGGCUCUGGUUCUGUGGUGUGAGAAACAGCUCGUCACGGCCAGAAAAAACACAGAGCAACUCAACCUGCAUCUGGAGACGGUCAGAGGGAUGGCCUAGAAAACCACAGUGUCCUCUAACUGGUCCUACCCUCUACAACCCCAGCCCAGCCAGCCAACUACCCAUAUUUUUCAGACUAUAAGUCGCACCAGCCAAAAAAUACAUAAUGAAGAAGAAAAAUACAUAUAUUAGUAGCACUGGACUAUAAGUUGCACUUUUUGGGGAAAUGCAUUUUAUAAAAUCAGAGACCAGGAACAACAUUUCAUCUUGAAAGUCAAGUUCUAGUAAUAACAAUAGAAGAGAGAACAACAGACUGUUAACAUCACAUAUGAACAGUUCUUCAGAUAAACUAUAACAUAAACAACAGAACAGAACUAUUUUACCAAACUCUCCAUCUCACUCCAAAUCACUAAAUCCAUUCAAUUCUUCAUCCUCGGUGUCACUUCUGAGCAACUCCAGAGGUAAACAGAGCGCCGCUUCCUCUUCUGUGUCGCUGUCGUCAGACUCAGCAUCAGUUCCAGUUAGAAUUAUUCCGGUCUUUCUGAAUCCUGACAGGAUGGUUUUGGUGUCACUGAAGUCCAGCCUUUGUCCAUCCAUCCAGUGACUUCAGGAAAGUUUCAUAGCUCACCCUCCCGGUUCCUGUGAACCAGUGUUCUCCAUCCCCACUUUUCGCCAGUCCCUCAAAAGUUUCUCGCUCACUCCAAACUUUCUUUCUGCUGCUCGAUUACUGUUUUCGGCCGCAGAUUUCACUUGCAGCAGGAUAACGGCUUUUUCUGUAGGAGACAUGCGCAGUAGAGUGCGAAGUAACAGUGGUACAGUAGCAGCAGACACUAACACACAAGACUAGAGCCUCUCGUGGUUGUCAGUGUGAAAAUUUUAAUAUAUAAGUCGCACCAGAGUAUAAGUCACAGGAAACACCCAAACCAUGAAAAAAGUGCCACUUAUAGUCCGAAAAAUACAGUAACCACUUACCCUUUCCUAUUUAAACAUGUAUGGAGCACAACAGCCUGAAGUCUGGUUCCAAAAGGACAUUUCCGAUUCAAUUUUCUGUAGAGUUUUCAAAUAAAUACAAAUAUUAAGAGUUAAAAGGUCCUAUAUUACAUAAAAUUUACUCUUGUGAAGCUUUAAGUCAUUUUAUAAAGUUGUUACCUCUUCCAAAACAUA